UGGGUUUCGUGGGGUUUCUUUUGGUCUUGGAGGCUGAGAAAGCAUUCAGAGGAAGCCAAUGAAAUCCGCUUAUUGAUACCGUUCUGAGGUAGUGCAGGAGACAGCUGCAGCCUGCAAGUCGGCCUGCAGCGAGGCUGGAAUACGCUAGGGCCAUGGUGUUUUUCCCAUGGACGUGUUCUUCAGGCGUUAGCGAUACUGACCAAGGGGUACAUGAUGAAUUGGGCCAUCUGGCCAAGGAUGAUAGCGCAUUUGAUCCUAUUUUGAAGACUCGAAGCCCGGAAGAUGGGGAUUGAUGCUCAGUGAAGGAGGAGAAAACCCCCACAAAGCGGGCCGUGCAGCCAAGCCGCCUGCGCACAGUCUCUCACCACCUCCUCUCUUCAGCCAGCGUGCCAGCGUAGUCGCUUUCUUAUCGCCCUCAGCCGUUUCGCUAUGUGUCGAACCUCGCCCCAAAGCUACUCGUCUGCGCCGCUUCAUCCGGCGCCUGCAUGAGGCCUCAUGCAUCGCUCCCAGGCUGUGCAUUGCGACAUCUCAGGCAGCGCUCGCAUCCUAUAGAUCCGGCAAUUGGGUGAUCAACAGCUCUGGACUUUUCAGCCUUGCCCCCCCACUUGGUGGCGUUCAUGCUACAACCCGCAUGUGCUUCGCCUGCGGGGCACAUUCCCUUCCUUUCCACCUCCUGCUGAACCUUCUUUCCCAUAUUCUUCUAUCGUGCUUCCAUUUUCCUUCUGUCUCUACUUCCACGGUUCCCAUAGGGGCUUUGUACAUACUUCGCUCUUUAGAGGUUCAAUAGCAGAUUAACUUCCUUAGAGACGUCGUCCUUCAGCUAAUUCCCCCCUUCCUAUUCUUUCCGCAAUCUACCAAUGAAUGUGUAUUCCUUAGGUCUACGUCUA